GUAGCAGGUGAGCUGGAGAGCGAAGAUGGGAGCAGGGUGGGGCGUUGCGCAUGCACGGUGGCCAUGGCCCUCAUCACCGGUUAUAUUCUCGCUCCCUGUUGGUGACUGACUGUCUGGACAGGCUUGGCUCAGCAUUGGAACGUGAGGAAAGACUGUCAGACCGUUCAGGUUCAUUCAGCAAACCUCUUUGGACGUUGGAACGGAUAGAGUUAUUUCACGAAUUUAGUUAUUGGUUCUGUUGCAGGCGAUAGCUGCAGACACAAUUUUGUCUGGGCGUGGACUGAUCUCAACACAUCUGAGCAUCCAUUCCUUUCAUUGCUAGCGGUCUAGUUUACAUAAGUGUGGUGACUACCAUAAUCGAGGAGGCUGACAACGCGCCGCUAAAAUGUCCGGGUACCAGGGAAAAAAAAAUAUCCCACGCAUUACAAGUGAUCGUCUCCUAAUCAAAGGUGGGAAGAUUGUGAAUGAUGACCAGUCUUUCCUUGCUGACAUCUAUAUGGAGGAUGGAGUUAUCAAGCAAAUUGGAGAGAACCUGAUUGUUCCUGGUGGGGUGAAGAUCAUUGAUGCCCAUGGGCACAUGGUGAUGCCCGGGGGCAUAGAUGUGCACACACGCUUCCAGAUGCCAGACAGGGGCAUGGUGUCAGCAGAUGACUUCUACCAGGGCACCCGAGCUGCUCUGGCUGGGGGAACCACCAUGAUCAUUGAUCAUGUGGUUCCAGAACCUGGUGUGAGCCUGCUGGCAGCGUUCAACCAGUGGAGGGAAUGGGCCGACAGCAAGUCCUGCUGUGACUACUCUCUGCAUGUGGACAUCACUAACUGGCACAAGGGCAUGCAGGAGGAGAUGGAGAGCCUGGUGAAGGACCAUGGUGUCAACUCUUUCCUGGUCUAUUUGGCUUAUAAGGAUGUUUUCCAACUUUCCGACUCCCAGAUGUACGAGGUGUUCGGUGUCAUCAGAGACCUGGGUGCCAUCGCUCAGGUGCACGCAGAGAACGGGGACAUCAUUGCCCAGGAGCAGUGCAGGAUCCUGGAGCUGGGCAUCACUGGCCCUGAGGGUCAUGUACUGAGCCGCCCAGAGGAGGUGGAGGCAGAGGCAGUCAACCGGUCAGUCACUGUGGCCAAUCAGACCAACUGCCCCCUGUACAUCACCAAGGUGAUGAGCAAGAGUGCUGCUGACGUCAUCGCCCUGGCGAGGAAAAAGGGCGCUGUGGUGUAUGGAGAGCCCAUCUCUGCCAGCCUGGGCACGGACGGCACCCACUACUGGAGUAAGAACUGGGCCAAGGCAGCUGCCUUCAUCACCUCCCCACCCCUCAGCCCCGACCCCACCACCCCCGAUUAUCUCAACUCACUGCUCUCCUGUGGUGACCUGCAGGUGACUGGUAGUGCUCAUUGCACGUUCCACACCUCCCAGCGUGCCGUGGGUAAAGACAACUUCACCCUCAUCCCAGAGGGCACCAACGGCACUGAGGAGAGACUCUCCCUCAUCUGGGACAAGUGUGUGGUGACUGGAAAAAUGGACGAGAACCAGUUUGUGGCUGUGACCAGCACCAAUGCAGCUAAGAUCUUCAACCUGUACCCCCGUAAGGGCCGCAUCGCUGUGGGCUCUGAUGCCGACCUGGUCCUCUGGGACCCAGACGUCAGCAAGGUCAUCUCUGCCAAGAGCCACAACGUGGCUGUGGACUAUAAUAUCUUUGAGGGCAUUGAGGUGCGUGGAGCUCCCCUGGUGGUGAUCAGCCAGGGCAAAAUCGUGUUGGAAGAGGGCGACCUCCAUACCACUGAGGGAUGUGGGCGCUAUGUGAGCCGCAAGCCCUUCCCUGACCAUGUCUACAGGAGGAUAAAGGCUCGCAGCAGGCUGACGGAGCUGAGGGGGGUCCCCAGGGGUCUCUAUGACGGGCCAGUGUGUGAGAAUGUGACACCUAAGGUAAUGACUCCGGUCACCUCGGUGAAGACCUCUCCAGCCAAGCUGCAGCAGCAGCAGCAGCAACAGCAUCAGCAGGGUCCUCAGCCAGUCCGCAACCUGCACCAGUCUGGCUUCAGCCUGUCUGGUGCACAGGUUGAUGAUAAUAUUCCUCGCCGCAACACCCAGCGCAUCGCGGCGCCCCCUGGUGGGAGGUCGAACAUCACCAGCCUGGGUUAAGCUCUCCUGUCAGCUGAGCCAGAGAGGAGAUGAGCGGGAGAAUCCACCCCAACUCCCAGACAAACCAUCACAACCAACGGAGGGCACUUCAUCUAAUGUGAUCCUUCUCCCUGACUCAACUGCACCCUGGUCAAAAACACUUCAUCUUCAUCCAUAUUUAACAGCUCUGUCACCUCAUUCAAAGAAAAAAAAGUGAUAGCACUCAAUGUUUUGUUUUGUUUUGUAUGACCUAUAUGCCACCUUCAUUUAUUUUUUUUUAAAGGAAGAGUCAAGUGAAUUUAGACCGCUUGAUGUUUUACAGUUUUGUGACAAAUAUAUUUAUAUCCCAUUUAAGUUUGGGCUUUGUUUACAUUUUGGCUUUUAAUUGUACAAGAGGAACUGUGGAUUGCAGUCGUGGCAUUUGAUGUAUCUGCUAUUUAAUGGGCCAUGACACGCAUUGUUUCCAAGAAGUGAUAAAUGUCGUUAUGAACUACGGAGACACUGAAUUGAAUCAUUGUCAAAGACACGUGGCAUAUUUUAUUAAAAUACAUCUUAUUGUUUUCCUUCUAUCCUAUAAGUGAAUGGAAUGGUUUCUUGCAUUUGGCAUAAUUUUAAGGCUUUAGAGUAGUGUCGUUUAAGUAACUGAGAGGACCUUUUAACCGCUCUGUCAGAUUUGAAUGACUUUAAACAGCUGUGAGUUCUUGGUAUUAUCCUCCCAGUCUUUCUGGUCAGCAUUACCACAGAAGUUUCAGCUGAACAAAUUCACUUUAAUCUUCCUUUCUCUCAUUGCUGCACUUUUUGUAUUGUUGUAAUAUUUUUGUUGUUAAUAUUCUACAUUUUCAAUCGUGUCUAGAGCUAAAACACUACUGUAAUCUCUGAAAUAUUGACUAUUAGAUCUUAGCUUGUUUGCUGAUGGAAUGCACAGAAGUCAAAGGUGAGAGUAUUGUAGGGUUAAACCAUUCAUCUCCUCACUCAGAACACCUUUGACACAAAGCAUGCACAAUACAUGGCAGCAGGGAGAACCUUCGGCAAAAAAAAACAGACGAGAGACAUUUAGCCUCUUAUUUCAUCCUCUUUUUUUCUUCUUCUCUAGCUUUCCAAAGUUAAAGCUCGCCAAGAUACCAGGCUUCCUAUAAUCACACUGCUGUUUAUUUCUAAUGACACUGACAGCCAUGCUGGAUAGAAGGUUGCCCCUAGCAACCUCUCUGGUGCUAUUUGUUCAAUGCUGUGUAUGUGCAGAUGGUGGUGCCUACUUUUUCCACUCAACCACACAAAUUCAAGCUUUGUGAAAACCACUUUACGGGGGAAGCGGGGUUAGCUCUUACCAUUCCUCCAUCAUGGUCUCAUAUGUCACAGGUCUUCAUUUUCUAUCUGCUAAAGUGCAAAAGGUGAAUCUGUGAAAAUGUUGAUUUGUAUUAGAUGUUUGUUUUAGUUAUUUUUCAGAAUGUUUGUUCAUUAUCACUUGCCUGCCUAUUCUAUAAAGUAUUGAUUGAUUGCACACUAUAUGAACCAUGUAUUUAUGAAAAAUAUAUCUUAAGCACUGUCAGUGACAAAGCUAGUACAAGUGGUGCUUUGAGAUCCAGUGAAAAAAAGCUAUGAUAAUGAAAUCCAUUAUUUACAGUGUGCCGGUUAUGUGGUUUGACUCCUGUCCUUAUUGUUGGAGACAUUAGAAUAGCAUCUCCUUGUAGCUCUGUGAGUGUUGACGAUGGGAGCCACUUUUAACAGGUGCUCCAUCAUCACUCUCUUUACCCUCUUAACUAUUCACAUUAGACCCCACUGUUAGUGCCACUCAUCAGGGUAUGGACAAUGUUAGUUAACCACUCACUAAGCACUCACUGUGUGAAAGGUACAGUAGGGACCUUUUACAGUAGUAGGCUCCUUAUUCAUCUGAUCAGUUUUCGGUAUAGCAUUGUAUUCUUUCCUCCUUGCCUUGUUUAGGUACAGGUCAUCAUGCCAAGCUUGUAUGUGAUGUAAGUGAAUUGCAGAUGGAGAGGUUUCCUAUAGUGUUUAUUUUUAAUUUCUGAAGUUUAGCACUGUCAUUGCCCUCUCUCCCCUGCCAUCUAGUGAUAAACUGUUGACCAUGUAUGUUUUGUAGGCUACUGGGAUUUUGGGGUACUUAUUCCUGACGGCAUUGAAUCCCAUCGGUGUUGAUGUAAAUGGUUUUAAACAUUAAAAAAUUCAACAAAA